GGCUGAGGCUGCGGGGCUCCGCGGGGCCCCGGCCGCAACAGGAUGAGGAGGGGCUCGGAGGGCAGCGGGGAGGGCGAGGGGCUCUCCAGCCUGCGGGCCUUCGCCCACAGCUCCUCGCUGCACGGCAUCAGCCACGUCUUCGCCUACGGGGCCGUGUCCCUGCGCCGCGUGCUCUGGGGCGGCUUUUUCCUGGGCUCGCUGGGGCUGCUGCUGCUCGUGUGCGCCGAGCGCGUCGCCUACUUCCUCACCUACCCGCACGUCACCAAGCUGGACGAGGUGGCUGCCCGCAACCUCACCUUCCCGGCCAUCACCAUCUGCAACCUCAACGAGUUCCGCUUCUCCAAAAUCACCCGCAACGACAUGUACCACGUGGGCGAGCUGCUGGCGCUGCUCAACGAGCGCUACGAGAUCAGCAACCCGCAGCUGGCUGAGCCCCACGUCCUGGCCGCGCUGCGCGACAAGGCCAACUUCAAGAACUUCAAGGCGAAGCCCUUCAGCAUGGCCGAGUUCUACAACCGCACGGGCCACGACCUGGCUGACAUGCUGCUGCAGUGCUCCUUCCGCGGCACCGGCUGCACUGCCCGCAACUUCACCGUGAUCUUCACGCGCCUGGGCAAGUGCUACACGUUCAACCCCGGGGGCCCGGGGCGCGAGGUGCUGACCACGCUGCAGGGCGGCUCCGGCAACGGCCUCGAGCUCAUGCUCAACGUGCAGCAGGAGGAGUACCUGCCCGUCUGGGGGGACACAGAUGAGACCUCGUUUGAGGUGGGGGUGAAGGUGCAGAUCCACAGCCAGGACGAGCCGCCCUUCAUUGACCAGCUGGGCUUUGGUGUCGCCCCCGGCUUCCAGACCUUCGUGUCCUGCCAGCAGCAGCGGCUGGUGUACCUGCCCCCACCGUGGGGGGACUGCAAGGCCACCCCCAUCGAGUCCGACUUCUUCACCAACUACAGCCUGACGGCGUGCCGCCUGGACUGCGAGACGCGCUACCUGGCCGAGAACUGCAACUGCCGCAUGGUGCACAUGCCGGGCAAUGCCAACGUCUGCACCCCCGAGCAGUACAAGGAGUGCGCCGACCCCGCGCUGGACUUCCUGGUGACGAAGGACAGCGAGUACUGCGCGUGCCGCACGCCCUGCGCCAUGGUGCGCUACGGCAAAGAGCUCUCCAUGGUCAAGAUCCCCAGCAAGGCCUCGGCCAAGUACCUGGCCAAGAAGUUCAACAAGACGGAGCAGUACAUUGCGUGAGUGACGCUGCCCCAGCACUGCCACACCGCGUGUCACCCCCGCCUCGCCAGCGCACGGCGUGACACGGCUCAGCCCCACAGCCCCAGCAUGAGAGCUGGCACCACACAGCAGCGCGACAGUGUCACACGGCACAGCUCGGCCCCACGACACCAGCCAGCACCGUGUGACACGUCCCCAGCAGCUGUGAACGGGCACAGCCCAGAGUGACAGUGUGACAGGCACACCCGCACAGCAUCCCCCCGCAGACACGGCCUGGGACAGCACGGCAGUGUGACACAGCCCAAAAUGAUGGUGUGGCGUGGUGUGGCAUGGCACGGCACGGCACGGCGUGGCAUGGCAUGGCAUGGCACGGCACGGCCUCCCCUGUGCCCCAGGAACGGGAAACCCACACGGCACAGCACGGCAUGGCUCAGCUUGGCAUGGCACGGCACAGCCCAGUAUGGCACUGCAUGGCAUGGCCCGGCCCCCAGCCCUGG